AUGGUGGUCCUUUUUUCCAAAAACAGGUCAGCAUGGUGGAGAAAUUUGUUUCAGGACCUAGAAGCCCAACAUAAAAUUGACAUGUCCUCCGAAAUGAGCAAAGAGUGUCUGUGGUACUGUUUCUCCAAAUUACUACAAGAAGAAUGUAACACUGUCAGGGAGCAUUGGAACACUCACUACAUUAGAGGCUCCAGGCAUAAUACUGUUAAGGGAAGACCAGAUUCAUUAUAUUUCCUGCCAGAAUAUCAUGGUGCCACAAGUAAUCUAUUAGCAAGUGUUGCAACUAAUGAAAUAGUGUGUGUUACCCAGGAGAUAACUCUACAAGAACAUGAUAAUGAGCAUCAAGAAUAUUUUGAGUAUGUUAGACAAGGUCUGGGUUUGGCACUACCUACAACCUGGAAGGAAGCUCUUCAGUGCUAUGAAAGAUUGAUAGACAUUGCUGAGAAUGGAUAUUCUACUUAA